AGAAAAAAAAAGAUGAUGAAUGUUUUGGCGCUAGGUCUCGUGUUGACGUCUCUGGUAACUGCAGGUUUUUUCACUCCGAGCCCGGAAAACCAGAAAUUGAAAGAUGAUGUAAUAGUGAAAGAAGGUCACAGAGUGAUCGUGGUCGAGUACGAGAAAGACGACGGCAACACCAAGGUUUCGAUCUCGCCGCAGGAUUCCCAGGCACCCCACAAAGUUGGCGAAAAGGGGUUUGCCUCCAAUGUGCUUGACAAAAUGUCUGAGAGAAUGGAAAAUGCGAAAGAGGGAAUAAAAGAAGCUUCUUCUUCUAUUAUUCCCGAAGUGGGAGAGGCAGACCGGAAUCAAAAUCAAGAAGAAGAAAAUCAUCACAGAUUUAAUGCUAGAGAGCUUGUGUGUGAUGCAUAUGGAAAGUGUAAGCAUAAAAUCGUGAGUGCUCUGGGUAAGACAAAGGAGGCGGUGGCGGAAACAGCCCACGAGGCGGCGGAUAAGGUUUACGAGGUGGAGGAAGAGGCAAAGGAGGCGGUUGGAAUGAAAGAAGGGGCUAAAGAAAUGGCUUCGGAAAAGGCGAAAGAUGCAGAAGAAUGGGUUGAAAAGGCUUCAGAUAAAGCAAAACAAAGUGCACAUAGUGUGAAAAAAGAAGGGGAAAGGGAGCUGAGUGAAAUCAUUCACAAAGCUCAAGAAGUAGCGGUGGAUGCAUUCGACUAUGCAUUCUCGCCGGAUAGGCUUUCUCCGGUGACCGGAAUUUUGCAUCUGAUGGGAUUCGCGGCGGCUUAUGGGAUGUGUGUGUGGGUUACUUUCGCCUCGAGUUAUGUUCUGGCAGGGGCUCUGCCUAGAAACCAGUUUGCCAAUGUGCAGAGCAAGAUAUAUCCAGUGUAUUUCAAGGCAAUGGCUUACAGUGUGGGGUUGGCACUUUUUGGACAUUUGAUGAGUCAUACGAAAAGGUUGUCUCCAACUAGUGUGGGGAUGUUUCAGGGCUUCAAUCUGAUGACGUCACUUGCAAUGAUCUUGGUCAACUUACUGUACUUGGAGCCUCGCGCAACAAAGGUGAUGCUUGAAAGGAUGAAGAAGGAGAAGGAAGAAGGAACGGUGAAAGAAGGGCAAGCGAGCGGACUACCUAGCGGCAGAGUGGUGGAUUCGACUGCGGAAACUGUGGGCAGAGUUUCGUCGACUGAGAAAUCGGAAGAAGCGGUAGCGAAGUCGCAGAUUAUCCGAUUGAGCCAAAUGCUUCAACGGUUGAAUUCUUAUUCUUCGUUGCUCAACGUAUUCACUCUCAUGUCUCUCACUUGGCAUCUUGUUCACCUCGGCCAGCGUCUGCAUAUUGUGUCGUGAUAAUUCUUGUAAUAAUGACUUGUAGUCGACUUGUAUUACGUUGUUAUCUUUGUGCAGCUGUUGUUUCUUUAAUUUCGAACCCACUCGGAUUUUGGUUGUACUCACUGUUUGUUGAUAGUUAGGUAUUGAAUGUUUCACAAAUGACAUGGAUAUGUAACUGGUCUUUUCACCC